CUAUUUAAUCUUCUGAUGGAUUAUUAGGCAACCGAUAAAAUAGCUUCUGCAUCAAGACAGUCAUAAAAUACUUUCUCUGAUUAAAAUAUCGAUUUGCUCUUCAAAACACUGUUAUUAAUAGAAAAACCAUCAUUUAGGAAACGAACAGCGUAAUAAACACAUAUAUUCAAUCAUGAAACCACGGAGGAUAGACCGUAAAAGUAGAAAUAUCAGAAUUACCAAGAACUUCUACAGAUCUAUCGCAAUCCCGAUCAGAAUAAGUCAGAUUUCAGGCUGUGGACCAUUUCUUUUUUCUGUCAACGGCAUAAGAAAAUCCAUAUUAUGUUACAUCGUCUUCGUAGUACAACUAUGCCUUUACAUGAGUGUCUUGACGAUUCUGCAUUUCAAUCCAGAGCCAAUGCCAGAAUUAUCUCUAGGAACUCAUACCAAGAUCAUCAAUCAGAUUUCCAUUGUUUCAAUAUUGGCCGUAUGGAUAAUAGGAGUGUUCAGAGUCGGAACAUGGUCUAAUUUUUUGAAAGAUCUUGUUGCUAUAGAUCAUGGUUUGGCUAAUUUCGACAUAUCGGUGGACUAUAGAAAAUACGUCAGGAAAAACUAUUGGAUGUUGGCAGCUCUGGCAAUUCAAUGUUUACUAUAUUUCUAUUAUAUGGUUUACCACCGACAUCUUGUUUUAUCUGUUAUUGCUUAUACAUUUAUUCCCAGUUGGAUAAUAAUUACGUUAUCCCACUGCGUCUCUGCGAUGGCGUGUCUUGUAUACGAAAGAUUCCAGUUGCUCAAUUGCCUUCUCCAGAAGUUGGUCGAUCGAGAUCUCCACGUCAUCAGUUUGUUGGAGAGCGAAAAACAGAAAAACCCUUUAAAAAUGUUAUGCUACGUGUGCUCAUGGCAUCACAAUAUUAUCAAAACCAUGACACUGGCGAAUGAAACUUUUGGGUUGAAGAUGGUUGUAGUUUUCGGAUAUGCCUUCAUGAUUAUAGUGAUGCAAGUCUUUUCCAUAUGUCAUCUUUUCAAGAAGGACAUUCAAUGGGAUUAUUUCAUACAACAUAUAUUUUCAGUAACUAGUUAUUCGUUCACUGUAUAUAAAAUUUGCAAUAUUUGUGAAUAUACAGUAAGAGAGGCAAAGAAAUCUGGCUUACUUAUUCACCAGAUAGAAUCCGACGACUUUGAUAUUCGAGAUGAAAUCGAAAUGUUUUCCUUGCAAAUUUCAAAUGAAACCAUCGAAUUCACUGCUGCUGGUUUCUUUCCGAUUGACUACAGUCUGCUAUUUUCGAUCAUAGGAGGGGUCACUACAUACAUAAUUAUUCUUAUACAACUAGAUACUGAUCAACAAGAUUCCGGUGGGAAUUCUACUGAUUAUUCAUCGAUUUCGAGCUUUUUGACAACUCCUUAUAGUAAAACGAUCUAUUAAAAAAAAUAAACACUUUCAAAUGAUAUAAGAUAUAUAUAUUUAUAAAAUUCAAGUUUAAGCACAUCUAUUAUGAAUGAGCAUUUAGUGAUAUUUCAGAACUGAGCAAUCUCUGAGGAACAGUUGUCAAUAUAGACUUUCAAUUGCUUAUGACAGUUAUGUUUCAAGAAAUUUAAAUUAUAUUGAGAGAGAUUUUUUUGAAUUAAUAUUAUAAAUAUCUAGAACGACCUCAUAGUGAUUGUCCUUACUAGUAGUUACUGUGAUAUAGUGAUUGUCCUUACUAGUAGUUACUGUGAUUACGUCUAAACAACAAAGAAUCUGCAAAUUAAAUUUGAAGGUGUAGCACUGGUAUUAUUAGUUUCUGAGUUAUAAGUUGGGUUAUGAAAUAAAGGUUGAAUAUUGAAAAAUUGUAUUGCAAAAUGCAAAAAUUUUAAAACGUACAUCUGACAGUAUAUUAAGUUAGUUAUUCAGUUUAUUAACCGUUUACUCAAUUUAUACUGUUUUGGAUAACAUAUUCUUUUUUAUUUGAUUCUAAUAUUUUGUCAAUUUGAAAUUAUAUUACUAGACAAAAAAGUAUACAAUAUCAAAAAUACUCACUUAACCUUUAUAAUUUAAUUUAAAGUAAUUAUUUAUCGAUUAGAAUCAACAUCAACCAAAAGAUAAAAUUAAAUUCUCUAAACUUGUUACUUCCUAGAUGUUAUCUUAUAUACCUAUUUCACAAAAGAGUAAGAGAAAAGGUCUUUGACUACCUGUUGAAAUUGUUUUCUGUAAAUCCAUACCAGAUAAACAGUUGAUUUC